AUGAUUACAUGUAUGAAUGGCUUCCGUAACAAAUUUUGUUACUAUUAUUUUCAUAAGUUUCAUGUGCAUCGUGACCCUCAAGCAAAUGAGAAUGAAGUCGCCAUAGACUUUUUCCAAGAAUUUUGAGAAGCACCUGGCGUAAUCAGCAGCCCCAUAUGGGAAAAAGGACGAAAAAACGAACUAUUUUAUUCCCUGUCCUGAAGGAAUGCCUGGAAUCUUGAGCAGCACUCAAGAAAAGUAAAGGCUCAACUGGUGACUAAUGACUCUCUCCUCCUCUCUCUUUUAAGGACAAGACAUCAAGGGUUGAGCCUCCAAUGAUGGUGGAGCAUAUGUGUCAUAACCCAUAAUGAAUUUCACAUGAUUUUCAUGGCAUUCUCGUGAAUUUUUCAGAUCUUUCUGCAAUUUGCGCCUGACCCUUUUCAUUUUCCUUUUGUCUCGAGAUGUUUUGUCUGGUUUUUGGGGUGGAUUUUUUUGUUUUCUGUGAUAUGGGCCCAGUUCAUGUUUUUGGGUGAUAUUGGUCAUUCAUUGUUUGGACAAGGGAGAUUGAAGGAAGAGCCUAUUGUAAUGUGUUUUCUUCGAUUUUUGGAAUGAAUUUCUUGUUUUCUGCGAUGCCCAACUGCUCAUUCACGGUUUGAGUAAGGUAUUGGAAUCGGUUUUGUGUGUUUUUUAGCGUUGAUUUGUGGGAUCUUGUGCUUGUUUUUGUUUUUUGGUUCAUCGAAUUGAGUCAAAAUUCCAGUUUUUUCUUUUGUUUGUAUGAUCUAUUUCCUGGUUUUUGAGAUUCCCAGUUCAUGUUUUUUAUCAGUACUGCUCAUUCAUUGUUUGAAUUGAUAAGGAAUAGGAAUCAAUUAUCUCUUUGUUUUUGUCUUUACUCUUUAGUUUAUCAAAGUGUGUCUAAACCCUCUGGUCGUUAUGUUGAGUACUUGAAAGUGAAUUCAGAAAUUGAGAGAGGGACUCUAUUGCAAUGUGUUUUCUCUGGUUGGCAUGAUCAAUUUCAUGUUUCCGGAGGAACCCAGUUUGUGUUUUUAUUAAUACCGCUCUUCCCCUUUUGGGAUUGACAAUCACAUGAUAAGGGAAUGGAUUUAAUUUUGUCUUUGGUUUUUACUCAUUGAGUUUAUCAAAGUGGGUCUAAACCCAGUGUUCAUUAUGUUGAGAACUUGAAAUUGAGUUUAGAAAUUGAGGGAGGAAUCUAUUGAAAUGUGUUUUCUUUGAUUUGUAUGAUUAAUUUCAUAUGAAUACUGCUUAUUCAUUGUUUGGAUUGAUGAUUACAUGAUAAGGGAUAGGAUUGGUUUUCUCGUUGUUUCUGUUGUUAGUUUACAAAAGUGAAUCAAAACCUGAUGUUAAUUGUGUUGAGAACUUGAAUUUGAGUGCAGCAAUUGAGGGAAGAGGUUCCUGCAAUGGGGGAAUGCAAUGGUGUGGAAUAUGUGGGGGUGGGUGUGGGUGUUGAUGAAUUAGCUCCUCUCAGGGUGGAUAACUUCAAGAAAGUUUCAGUUCUACCACUUGUUUUCCUUAUCUUCUAUGAGGUGUCUGGGGGCCCAUUUGGCAUUGAGGACAGUGUGGGGGCUGCUGGCCCUCUUCUAGCUCUGCUCGGAUUUUUGAUCUUUCCCUUUAUAUGGAGCAUUCCUGAAGCGCUAAUCACAGCUGAGAUGGGGACCAUGUUCCCUGAAAAUGGUGGUUAUGUGGUUUGGGUGUCAUCGGCUUUGGGGCCUUAUUGGGGGUUUCAGCAAGGGUGGAUGAAAUGGUUGAGUGGAGUUAUUGACAAUGCUUUAUACCCAGUUCUGUUUCUGGACUAUUUGGAUUCCUCUGUCCCUGCUUUAAGUGGUGGUUUACCGAGAAUUGCAGCGGUUUUGGCUUUGACUGUAGUUCUUACUUACAUGAACUACAGGGGCUUAACCAUUGUGGGAUGGGCUGCUAUUUUGCUGGGUGUAUUUUCAAUCCUUCCUUUUGUGAUCAUGGGACUUGUGGCAAUUCCAAAGUUGAAGCCCUCACGAUGGUUGGUAGUGGAAAAGGAUGUGGAUUGGAAUUUGUAUUUGAACACACUCUUUUGGAAUCUGAACUACUGGGAUUCAAUCAGUACUCUUGCAGGAGAGGUGGAAAACCCAAAAAGGACUCUUCCAAAGGCACUCUUUUAUGCCCUGAUCUUGGUCGUGCUCGGGUAUUUCUUCCCUCUUUUAAUUGGUACUGGUGCUAUUCCUCUUGAUCGUGAGGCUUGGACUGAUGGGUAUUUCUCAGAUGUUGCUAAAAUGAUAGGGGGAGUCUGGUUGGGUUGGUGGAUUACAGGGGCUGCUGCAGCGUCGAAUCUGGGGAUGUUUGUAGCUGAAAUGAGCAGUGAUUCCUUCCAACUUUUGGGGAUGGCAGAGCGGGGAAUGCUUCCCAGCAUCUUUGCCAAAAGGUCGCACUAUGGCACCCCACUCAUUGGAAUUCUAUUCUCAGCUUCUGGUGUGCUUUUGCUUUCAUGGAUGAGCUUUCAAGAAAUCAUAGCUGCAGAAAACUUCUUAUAUUGUUUUGGAAUGAUUUUGGAGUUCAUUGCAUUUGUUCGAUUGAGGAUUAAAUACCCGGCUGCAUCUCGCCCAUACAAGAUACCUCUUGGGACAGUUGGGUCUAUUCUAAUGUGUGUUCCUCCAACCAUAUUGAUCUGCAUUGUUCUGGCUCUUUCUUCACUCAAAGUCGCGGUUGUAAGUCUUAUUGCUGUGAUAAUCGGCCUUGUGCUGCAGCCUUGCCUCAAAUGCAUAGAGAGAAAGAGAUGGCUUAAAUUCUCAGUGAGUUCUGAUCUCCCUGAUCUUCACUGUGAAAAUCAUGAGAAUGUUGAACCGCUGGUGAAUUAACAUGCACAGGCAAUACCAUUACUACAGCUCAAGUGCCAACACAGGAUAGGCAUACCAAAAAGUAUAAUUUGAAAGGGGGCUCCAUGGACAACUAGGAGGUGCUAUGGUGGCUUUGUAUCUAGCUAAAUUAUUUCCCUUCUUCGAAUGCUGACUGGUAUGCAGCCAACACAUAUGUAUCAUCUCUAUUUUUAGAGUGAUGAUAAAUGGUUGUGAUGAUUGAAUAAUUAGAAUCAAAUACGAGUAGUAAAGUUGCAUUGGUGUC